AUUUCCGAGAGCCAAGCAGUCGCCGCAGGAGAGCCAAGGCGAGAGGACGUACGUGGGCGUGGCACCUCUCUCAACGAAAAUGUCUAAAGCAGCGAAGAAGACGCUGGAUGAGGCGAGGGAGACUGGCAAUCCCGAGCUGGAUUUGCAGGAAAAGCAGAUUACCUCUUUAGAAGACCUUCCUGGCCUUUUGUCUCUGGAGCACAUUACUAGAUUGACACUAACACACAAUCGCCUGACCAAAGUUCCUGCAGCCAUCGCUAAUCUAAUCAACCUUGAAAUCUUGAAUCUCUUCAACAACAUCAUUGAGGAACUGCCAACAUCCAUCUCUUCCCUCAACAAACUCCGCAUCCUUAAUGUUGGAAUGAACCGAUUAGACGAGUUGCCAAGGGGAUUUGGCUCCUUCCCUGUCCUGGAGGUCCUGGACAUCACCUACAAUAAUAUCUCAGAGGGAGAUUCACUGCCAGGCAAUUUCUUUAUGCUUGAGUCAUUGAGGGCACUGUACAUGGGCGAUAAUGAUUUUGAGUACAUUUCUCCUGAAAUCAAGAAUUUGAAGAACUUGCAAAUUCUUUCCCUGCGAGACAAUGACUUGAUAGUGGUCCCCAGGGAAAUUGGUGAGCUGACACGCCUAAGAGAGUUGCACCUUCAGGGAAAUCGCUUGGAGGUUCUUCCUCCGGAAGUUGGUCAACUGGAUCUGUUGGGCACAAGAUCAUGUUUGCGUCUGGAAGGUAAUCCCUGGGUGCCAAUGAUUGCUGAUCAACUUCUCCUUGGACCUUCCCAUGUGAUGGAUAUGCUGCGCAAUGAAUCAUACAAGUUUGUGUACCAGCGACACAUUUCAUCUGGAAGCCAGCCACCCCCAAAGAAUUUUGAAGCCAAGAACAGGAAAAUUUCAAGAAAGAGGGAUGUAGCAUAAGGUUUCCAUGCACAAAUAGUGCUCAUCCUGCAGUACCUUGGAGACUUUACUUUCUGAAAUGGAUCUUCAUUUAUGUUCCAGAGCUUUAUAAUGCCUUAAUACAUUUAGCUUUAACAUUUUUAUUUAAUUUUUUUAAAAUAUGCAAUCAAAGUGUACAUUGUACUGUUUUGAUUUCUGGAAUGCCUAACCUGCCAUUUUAGGGAACACUUUCUCUCUUCUGUUAAUAGAUACCUUCUAAAUGAUUUCAAGUAUGUCAUUCAUGAAAAGUAGAGUAAUAUACUUUGAUCAUUCAGUUUCAUUAUUGAAUAACUAAAAAUAAAGAUGUAUCAAGCAACUAUAAGAAUACAACGUUUAGAUGUUGUUUACCAAAAUCUAAAUUUAGUUUGAACAAAAUAGUGCCUGAUAUGAAAUACUUCGUAAUCCACAGGAUUACGUUACAGGAAGAUUGACAGAUUCUCAGAUACCUUGAGUUAAAACAAUUUCUUGGGGCAAUCCGUUCAGAAAUUGGUUUUAUUCACAUGUUUAUAUAAAAAGGCAUUGAUAUGUUUCAAACUUAAAAUAAUGAUAAAUGGUGACAUUCUUUCAACAAUAGAAUAGUUCAUGCAAAUGUUCUAGAUUCUUCUCUAUUAUUAGGUUUGUUUUUACUAAUUGAAUAUACAGUCCAGGUCUGGUUUAUAUCCCAGUCAUGUAAAGCAGUUCUAGAAGUAUUCAAGGAAUGCUAAAGUGAUGUGAUUAACGAGUAAUGUUUCUUAACUUGCUAAAUUUAUUAUUGAUAUAUGUUGUGCUUAAAUGGUGCUUUCAUCCUAAAUAAAUAAUGAAUUCAUGAAAUCAUCAAAACCUUUGGAAAGUUGCAUUUACUAGAACUUUUAGUGCCUUUUACAUCUUGGAAAAAAAACAAAUUUAAGUGCCUUUUGUAAAAGAUGUUAGUGAUGCAAGGAGAUUCCAUUCUGGAACUUCUUUUUAUAUGGUCUAUAAUUUGUUAUUAAUGUAAAAUUUUCUUAAUCUUGUUAUUUUUAAAAUGUAUCGGCAUCAUUCAUGUACAGAUUUAAAGAACUUUUUGUUAUGUAAACAUUGAGCUAUAGUAAUUUUUUUGUAUGUCAAACUCUUCCAUUUUACAUUCAGUAUUACCUGAGUCCACAAAAUACAGCCUUAUACCAUUGUCAUGUGGUAUCAGAAAUUACCACAGGAUUAACAGUUAUACCAAAUGUGUUCAAGAUAGUCUUUAAUAAUUAGUUGUUGGUUGUACCUAGUUAUCUUGACUGAAAUUAUAUGCUCUCUAUUUUUAAAUAAAGUUGUGAGAACACACAAAUGCAUCAAGGAUGUUUAAAAUUAAUUCAGUUAGUAAUUAAAAAGAUGCCUAUUCUGCUUGCAAAUUUCCCUGGGAAUCCUAAUUCUUACAUGGUGGUAAUUGAUAUUUUAUUGUUAUCAAUGGUUGUGCAAUGAUAUUAGAAUUGAAUUAUUUUAAUGAAAGGUCAGAGGUGAUACACCAGGUUUUACCAUAAGACUACUGUCAAUAUAUUUUCCAUUUUCAUCAGUAUUCAUUAAUUUGCUUUUAUUGUUACAAUGUAUUUUAAUAAUGCAUAAAAACUGCCAAAGUAAACUUAAUAGAAGA